GCUCUUACAAGCAUUCGGCGCGGCUCGGCAUUGUUCGUUAGGAUUUGCGGCAGUUUCACCGUGAAGAUGCAGAUCUUCGUGAAAACCCUAACAGGGAAGACCAUUACUCUCGAGGUCGAGAGCAGCGACACCAUCGACAAUGUGAAGACGAAGAUCCAGGACAAGGAAGGAAUUCCACCGGAUCAGCAGCGGCUGAUCUUUGCGGGGAAGCAGCUUGAAGAUGGACGAACGCUGGCUGAUUAUAACAUACAGAAAGAAUCGACUCUGCAUUUGGUGCUGAGGCUCAGGGGUGGUAUCAUCGAGCCCUCUCUGAUGGCUCUUGCUAGGAAGUACAACCAGGAUAAGAUGAUCUGCCGCAAGUGUUAUGCAAGGCUGCAUCCACGAGCUGUUAAUUGCAGGAAGAAAAAGUGUGGACACAGCAACCAGCUGAGGCCCAAGAAGAAGAUCAAGUAAACCAUGUUUCAAUUCUAAAAACUAUUACUCAUUUGCUGCUUUCAACUGGAUGUUAAUUAUAUUUUUUGUGUUCAGACUGUUUCUUUUUAGCACUGGCCUUGUUGCCAUACACACUAUUGUCUAUUUUAGUCCUUUGCUGUUCCACUUCUGAUACCA